GAAAAAUGAAAUGUCAGAGAGAAACUGAAACACUGCAGGACCAUCAGACAUCUGAGAAAGAUCUAGCUCAUAGUUUUCUUCAGAGGUUGAUGAUGCUAGACUACAGAGCCAGAUAUAUACCUGUAAGACAAGACAGUUCAAAGCCUGUUCCAGUGUUUGACAGUGUUGACUUAGAAGACAAUGACAUAGACGCUCUUUUUAGCGCUAGUGUAGACUGUGAUCAAUCAAAACAGACUCCUGUGCAUCCAAUGGAUGUUCAAAUAGCAGUUUUUCACUGCUCAGAUAGUUUCCUUAAGCAGAACAUGAUUACGAAGCUAUCACAAUGUCAGUAUGCUUUACCUUUGCUUGUUCCUGAUGUAGUCACAAUGGAUAUUGAGUGUCCUCUCUGGACAUUCAGACAAAUCAAAAAAACAUGGAAGAAUACUCAAACCACAGAUAAUUCAAACAUUGUCACCAUGAAGAGUAUGCUCGUCUGCAAAGCUGAGACACCCAUGGUGUCAUUUUUCCACCUGGGUUCACUAUUAGUUUCUAAAUCCCAGCUGAUAAACACUUUGAUCAACGACCGUCACAGCACCUUCUUCCACAUAAACUGCCCAAGAAGCACCAAAUCUCGCCAUUUGAUGGAUGGUGUGGCAGAGAUUGCCUGGUACUGUCCUGCUGGAAAAUCCACUGAUGGCUUCACUGACUGCAUUGCCUUCUGUAAUAUUCAUGGUGAUGCUCUGUCAAUUGAAAGUCAGCGUGAUAUACUGAUUGAAAAAUCUUCAGUCAACGUUGUUCUGUUACAAACUUUGGAAAAAAGCCACAGAAGUGCUGCAGUCAUCAGAAGCCUUUACAAGUCUCAGAAGCCUCUCAUUAUUCUCAUGGCUGAUAAUGAUCGUGAUACUGUUGAGUGUAUAAAGGGAAAAUUCAUACUUGGUCUAACAGACAGAAGCCAGUCAGAUGUUUCAGAAGAACUGAAGAGAAUAAUUGGCAAGAUUUUGUCUGGACCACAUACAUCCUUCCAGCUUGAAACCAUGGCUGAAGUCUCUGGAAUCAGAGUAGAUGAAGAUGACACAAUCUGCCAAAAAGGGAAGUCUGCUGCAAUGAAAAUAGUGUAUUUGCUUCAGGGGAUGGACGUUUCAAAAAUCAAAGAUAAAUUCCUCCUUUGUCAAGGCCGACUGUGGUAUGAGUGGUGCAGAAUAAACAAAGACCUGUAUCACUCAAAUGACUUUGAGAAGGAGAAAAGUAAAAGGCAACAGGAACUGAUGGAAAUACGACAAAAACAAUGUGCUGCUUCCUGUAGUAAACUGAUGAAGUUGUUCAUUCAAAGCCUCUUAUCUUUGCCAUCAACAGAAAAAGAGUAUUUCCUGAAAUUGAUUCAGAUCUUAAUAGAGGCCCUCUCCACAGAUGAUUUCACUUCAAUUCACCAAAGCUAUGAUGACAAGUGGUCGGAGGUCUUGUCUCUGAAGAAGAAACAUGACAAAACUGAUCUGUUAAAAACAAAACAAACUGAGGUUGAAAAAAUAUCAACAAAACCGCAGUCAGCAACUUUUGGCUUAGAGCACAUCUUUAGAGAAAUGUGACAGAUCUAUGAAGCCCAAAAAUCUCUGAAAGAACACAAAAAGAUGGGACAGACUGACUGGUCUAAAUACCCUGAACUGGCAGCAGAGCUGAUGAUAUAAGGAUAUCCGAUGGAACUGAUGGAUGGUGAUGCAGAUCAUGUGCCUUUAAAAUGGAUCUCUAGUCUUUUAGAGGAAGUCAUCAAGAAACUGGGUGACCCGAGAGUUUUUGUGUUGUCAGGUUUGGACGUACAAAGCAGUGGGAAAUCAACAAUGCUGAAUGCCAUGUUUGAGUUAAAGUUUGCAGUGAGUGCUGGCAGAUGCACCAAGGGUGCCUUUAUGCAGCUGGUCAAAUUGUCAGAGGAAAUCAAGAAUGACUUACAGUUUGACUACAUUCUAGCGGUGGACACUGAAGGCCUGCGUGCUCUUGAGUUGGUAGGUAAUACCACCCUUCACCACGACAAUGAACUGGCAACAUUUGUUGCGGGAAACAUGACAUUGAUCAACAUCUUUGGAGAGAAUCCAGCUGAGAUGCAAGAUGUUCUGCAGAUUGUUGUCCAGGCUUUCAUGAGGAUGAAGAAAGUUAACCUUUCCCCAAGUUGUGUGUUUGUUCACCAGAAUGUUACAGAUAUUGCAGCUGCACAGAGAAACUUGGAUGGAAAGAGACACCUGCAAGAAAAACUGGACCAGAUGGCCCACCUAGCUGCCAAAGAGGAAAAGUACAAUGCAGAGUGUUUCAGUGACAUCAUUGCAUUUGAUGUGCAAACAGAUGUGAAAUACUUUGCUCAACUAUGGGAAGGAAGUCCACCUAUGGCUCCUCCAAAUCCAGGUAAUAGUGAGAGCAUCCAAGAGCUGAAGAACAUUAUCCUAUCUAAAGCUUCACAGUCUAAAGGGAUUACUCUGUCACUGUUCAAAGGCAGAAUUUGAGAUCUGUGGAAUACCCUGAUGAACGAACAUUUUGUUUUCAGUUUUAAAAACACACUUGAAAUUAAAGUGUACAGAAAACUUGAGGUCAAGUACAGGAACUGGACCUGGGCCCUGAGGAGCAACAUGUUGACCAUUGAAAACCAGCUUUAUACCAGAAUCGAAAAUGGAAAACUUGAAAAGGUUGAGUCCGUUUAUAUUUUUAAAGAAAGUAGCAAAACCUAUAGAAAACUUGAAAAAGAUAUGACAAUGUACUUUGAAGAUGACAGAGACAAAGAAAUGUUGGUUCAGUGGCUUGAACGAUUCGAAAUCAAAAUCAAGGAGUUUCAUGACUAACAGAUGAGAGAAGUGAAGAGAAAACUGGAUGAAGUUAUCCAGCAUAAGAAUGAUUGUAAAAAGCUAGAUGAUAAGAAGACAAAGUUUGAGAACAAGCUGCUACUGAAGAGCAAAGAGCUCGCUCAUCGGUUAAAAGACGAGGCACAAGAUGAACUUAACUUAAACUUAACUUAAAAACCAGUUUUACUCUGUUUGGAAUGGCUGGGUUACUGAAUUAACUAUAGACACAAAACCUAUUGAGGACAUCACCAUGGAAGGAGAUCAGUCAACUAUCCUUCAAAGGCUUGGUAUUGAAUGGGCUCUUAUAGAUGAAUCCAAAAGCAGUGGCAGAUACAAAGAAAUAUCAGAGACUGGCAUUUACAACAGUUAUAUAACCCUCACCAAGCAGCGAGAACAUUGUGACAAAAGCCAACAAUCACAAAAGAGGGGAAAGAACACAAGUGGACGGAGGCGCUGUUUGAAUCUGUUACAGUCAACAUUAACAUCAGUAUUUGAUUACUUUAAGCAGUCUCUUCAGAAAGAAGACCAACAACUGAUCAGAUCCCUGAUUGUCGAUGUUGAAAAUCAGUCCGUUGAUAUAAUUAAGAGCAAACAGGUAGCUACAAGAGGCUACAGAUCAACUUACUUGCAAGAAGUGGCAAACAAUGUAAAAGAAAAAGUGACAUAAUUUGAAUCAAAAUGGAAAUAUACACUGAAGAACGAGUUUACAGUUGAUCUCUUACUAUAUGUGUUUGACAGAGCAAGGAGUUGGCUUUCAGAGUCCCACAAGAAAUUCAAAAGGAACAAUGAUGCGCUGUUUUAUUUAGAAAGCAAGAAAAUGCAAUAUUACAACAUUUUCAGACGUUUCCUUUUUUAAAGGAAACUCAUCUGCUGUUGUGCUUGGAGAGUUGAUCUGUGACAGACUGAAGGUUUCCACUGUUGAGGGUGUCUGUAACAAGACUGCCAUUGAUCU